GUCUCUCCCCUCACUGAGGACACAAAAGCCUUAACCUCCCAUCACCUCACCAAAUAAGCAGCCUCCUGCUUUCCACACGCCAUCUCUUCUCUUUCUAUUUCCAACCGAAAAAAAAACCCUGAUCUAUCCAUGGCUGCUCUUUCAAGAAUCCCUAAAACCUCAAUAAAAUCACUUUCUUCUUGUAUAUCUCGAAGUUUUUCUAUAACUACGUUGAAUUCCGAGAUUGACCUCAAAGUACCUUCUUUUCUUUCUCACAACUCUCUACCUCUCCGUCAGGAACCUAAGGAAGGGAAUAUCCAGUGGGUUUUUCUUGGUUGUCCUGGUGUAGGUAAAGGUACCUAUGCGUCGCGUCUUUCCAAUUUUCUCGGUGUUCCUCACAUCGCCACCGGUGAUCUGGUUCGCGAGGAGGUCAAUUCCUCGGGCCCACUUGCCUCCCAGCUUAAGGAGACUGUGAAUCAAGGGAAAUUAGUUUCUGAUGAGAUCAUUAUAAGCUUACUGUCAAAACGUCUUCAAGCUGGAGAAGCUAAGGGUGAAUCUGGUUUCAUUCUUGAUGGUUUCCCUCGAACUAUUAGACAAGCGGAAAUACUAGAGGGAGUAACAGACAUUGACUUGGUGGUGAACCUCAAGCUUCGAGAAGAAGCGCUGCUUGCAAAAUGCCUUGGGAGAAGGAUUUGCGUUGAGUGUGGAAGAAAUUACAACAUUGCUUGCAUUGACAUCAAGGGUGAGAACGGGAAUCCUGGAAUUUAUAUGGAUCCACUUCCUGCUCCUCCACAAUGUGCACCAAAGCUUAUCCAACGAGCUGAUGACACUGAAGAAGUUGUUAAGGAGCGACUACGUAUUUAUUAUGAAAAGAGUCAACCUGUUGAGGAGUUCUACCGCAGUCGUGGGAAGUUGUUGGAGUUUGAUCUUCCUGGAGGAAUUCCAGAAUCCUGGCCAAAGCUGCUGGAAGCUCUGAAUCUUGACCACGAGGAUAAAUGCUCUGCAGCAGCAUGAACUCCCAUAGUUCUGCAACAUAUUCUCAAGUUAGGUCAUUCUUUGCAUGUGGGAGACUACAUGCAUAGUAUUUAGAAAAAAGGAGGUUAACAAUUAUAUCAAAUAAAAAAGCCUAAACCAUUACCAUAAUUUUAUUGUUUGGGGAGCAAGGAGGCCAUUCAAUGGACAUGGUUAACGAUAUGAUUUGUUGUUAGAUGCAUUUGGCUUGUAGUGAUUAAAUGGACAGAUGUCAGUGCCAUUCAAUUUUGCUAUAACAAUUGGUUUUGAAAUUCGUUUUAAUGGUUCUUUGAACAGAAGCAGCAAACAAUAGUGGAAACCGAAUAAACUGCUUUAUUUGACCCAAAA